CGACACAGUAGUCAUUAUUAUCGAUUUCCACAGUAUACACUGCAACACUGCGUGGAUCGGAGCAUAUUGCAUCUGGAUUAUCACCACAAUGAGGACGCCAGUUGCCAGGAGGCUCGAUACUUCUCUAAAUUGAUGUAUGUUAAACACUGGGAUCGUAGCUGGCAACCAUGCUGGUCAUCAAGGUAGAUUACAUGUCAUCGUGUACAAACUCUAUUUCGUGAUGAGCAGAACAUGUAUUAAAAACACUACCAUGCGAUUCCGUAAACGACGCUGCAUGUUGUUAUUAAUUAUUAGCCUAGGUUUUGUUUACAUGGCUAGAACAUUAUUGUUGGUUAAUCAAGUGGAUCGCGAUGACGACACGCAUGUACAGUUGAAUGGAGCUGAUAUGCCAAGGAAACCACUUCAGGAUUCUUCCAAUUUUCAUCCAGGAGAAAUUACUAACCAAAUAACAGAUUCCCAUGAUGCAAUGCAACCUACAAAGAGGAAUGGCUCGUAUAGUCCACCACUACUUCUAGAGGGCGCUGUGCUGAGAGACACACAUGGAAACUAUGAACCACAACCCGUACUAAAGCUUGAUGGCCUUGGCGAAAAAGGUGUCGCUGUGAAAUUUGAACAAUCAGAAAAACAAAUGGUGGAUAAAGGAAUUCGUGAAUACUCCUUUAAUCAAUACAUCAGCGACAAAAUUUCGUUAGACAGAGAAAUAAAAGAUCUGCGAGCUUUAGAGUGUAUGUUUUGGCAUUACCCAGUUGAUUUACCCAAAGCCAGUGUUGUGAUUGUGUUUCACAAUGAGGGAUGGUCAACAUUGCUUAGAACAGUACACAGCAUUGUUAGUAGAAGUCCCAUUCAUCUUUUAGAAGAAGUUAUACUUGUUGAUGAUUUCAGUGACAAAGGUAGAAGAAACCAAUUGUCAACUGUCACAUGUCCAAUAGUAGAUGUCAUUGACAAUAUGGAUUUUCGAGUGUACCCACAGGGAGAUGGUAAACUAGCACGUGGUGCAUUUGAUUGGGAGUUUUUUUACAAGCGUGUUCCUAUCACAGAAGAAGAGGUCAAAAGAAGGAAACAUCAAACUGAGCCAUAUAGGUCACCAGUCAUGGCUGGUGGAUUAUUUGCUAUGGAUAAAGAAUAUUUCUUUGAAAUGGGAGCUUAUGACCCAGGACUGCAAAUAUGGGGAGGAGAGAAUUACGAACUAUCAUUUAAGACAUGGAUGUGUGGUGGUGAAUUGUUAUGGGUUCCUUGCUCACAUGUUGGUCAUAUUUAUAGAAUUCAUGGAAGACCACCGUACACAUUCCCGAAUGGUACACUGGGGACGUAUCAACAAAAGAACUAUUUACGUGUAGCUGAAGUUUGGAUGGAUGAAUACAGAGACUAUAUUUACUCAAAAAAUCCGCAUAGUUUAAGUAAAGUAGAUUUUGGUGAUAUCUCCGCUCAGCGCCACUUUAGAAAAGACAACAAAUGUAAAACAUUCCACUGGUUUAUGGAAACGAUUGCUUAUGAUAUAUUGAAAUGGUAUCCACUACCACCAACUAAUCUCUUCUGGGGAGAGAUACAUCCUGUGGAUUCUCCCAACCUUUGCCUGGAUACAAUGGGCAACAAUGAAGGCGGUGGUGUUGGAUUGACUCAUUGUCAUGGCUUAGGUGGAAAUCAGAUGUUUCGUUUGACAUCAGUCAAGGAUUUGAGAGUGGCAGAUUUAUGUGUAACUGGUAAAGAUUCCAAACCUGCAUUAUUUAAAUGCAGUGGACGAAACAAGGCCAAGAUUACCAGAGACUGGUCAUAUAACGAGAUUACAAUGAAGCUCUAUACCAAGUCAAUGCAGCAGUGUCUUGAACACAGAGGUACCAUGGUCAUUAUCUCUCCCUGUGACUCACGAAAGGAUUCACAAAGAUGGGAUUUCAGAGAAGUUUAG